GAGUAUAUAUAGAGACUGCUAGAGAGAAAUGGAAGGAAAAGAUAUUUUUCAGAUUGCAUAAACAGCUUGCGCAUAUUCAGCAAUGGUGACGACGAUUAGUGCUAGGGUUUGGAAAUGCCGCAGCUUAAUAAUGGCGGCGGUGAUCGCUUUUGCUUUGUUCGGAUCCAUAUCUUGUACAACUAGCAGCAGUAAUGAGAGUUCAUCUUCGGAGAAGGAGUAUGUUGUCACUCUGGAGCGCUCAAAUUUCUCCGAUUUCAUCUCCAAACACAAGUUCAUCGUAGUCGAGUUCUACGCACCUUGGUGUGGCCAUUGCAAGAAACUUGCUCCAGAGUAUGAGAAAGCAGCAAAGAUUUUGAAUGAAAAUGACCCACCUGUCAUCUUGGCCAAAGUUGACGCAAAUGAGGAGAAAAACAAGCCUCUUGCUAAAGAAUAUGAGAUCAAAGGUUUCCCUACAAUUAAGAUCUUUAGAUAUGGUGGAAGCGUUGUUCAGGAAUACAAAGGACCCCGCGAGGCUGAUGGCAUUGUUACUUAUUUGAAGAAACAAAGUGGCCCUGCAUCUGUUGAAAUAAAAUCAGCUGAUGAUGCUGCGGCUCUAAUUGAUGGUAAAAAAGUUGUUAUUGUUGGGGUAUUUCCAGAGUUCUCUGGAGAACAAUUUGAGAAUUUCACAACACUUGCUGAGAGAUUGCGAUCUGACUAUGAGUUUGGUCACACCCACAAUGCUGAAUACCUUCCCCAUGGUGACACAUCUGUAACUGGCCCUGUUAUCAGGCUAUUCAAGCCGUUUGAUGAGCUUUUUGUAGACUUUAAGGUGUUUGAUGUAGAUGGCCUAGUGAAGCUCAUUGAAGAAUCAAGUAUUCCCACUGUAACUCUCUUUAACAAAGACCCAACCAACCAUCCAUUUGUUAUCAAGUUCUUCAACAGUCCCAAUUCCAAGGCUAUGCUGUUCCUAAACUUUAGUAGUGAGCUAAUUGACACUUUCAAAUCAAAAUAUCAUGAGGUAGCAGAGCAGUACAAAGGAAAAGGAAUUAGUUUUUUAAUAGGUGAUGUAGAAGCAAGUCAAGGUGCCUUCCAGUUCUUUGGGCUUAAAGAUGACCAGGUGCCACUAGUUGUCAUACAGACCAAUGAUGGACGGAAAUAUCUCAAGCCAAAUUUGGAGCCUGACCACAUUGCGCCCUGGGUAAAGCAGUUCGAGGAUGGUAGUUUACAACCUUACAGGAAGUCGGAACCAGUCCCUGUGGUUAACAAUGAACCUGUUAAGGUGGUUGUUGCUGACAGCCUCCAAGAUAUGGUAUUCAACUCCCGGAAGAAUGUUUUAUUAGAGUUUUAUGCACCCUGGUGUGGGCACUGCAAGAAGUUGGCUCCAAUUUUGGAUGAAAUUGCUGUUUCAUUUGAAAAUGAUUCUGAUGUUACCAUUGCUAAGAUAGAUGCUACUGCAAAUGAUAUACCGCGUGAAACUUUCGAUGUCAAGGGUUACCCAACUCUUUAUUUCAUCUCAGCUAGUGGAAAAGUGCUGCGGUAUGAAGGUGAUAGGACUAAGGAUAGCUUCAUUAGUUUUAUUCAGAAGAAUCGGGAUAAAUAUACUGAACAAUCUUCUGUCAAGGAGGAGUUAUAAUGAAGAUCAUUUACCAAUAAUCACUCAAGCUAGAUCAAAAUGGGGUUUAAAGAAUAAUGCAAGCCAAAUCAAAUGUAGUGGUUAAAAUAUUGAUAUUACAUUUACAUUUUGUACACUGAUCUAUGUGGGCAUCUGGAGACUAUUAUUGCUGUUCUAUGUAGCAGCGAGAACGAACCAAUAUCAUCAAUGCAUUAUUUAGGGAAAAUAUAUUAUUAUUUUGCUCAUCACUGUUUUAAGAACUUGAUGUGUUCAAAAUAAUUGCCAUUUAUAUUUUCAACAAUCACAUAUUCAGGAGUUCCAAGCAACACAUGCAUUAUAUUAGUGCAUUACAACUGUACUUAUUGAGGAAGGGGUAACAUUUGAAGUAUUUCAUUGAGUUUUGUUAUUAAUAUAUGACCAAAAUACCCCCAAUUUGGAGCUCAGAAUGCUUGAA